AUGAUCCAUGGCGCCGUGGGGAGCCUGUUUCAUCUCGUUUGCGUCGAAUGGGCCAGCGGCAGUCCCGCCAUUGCUGGAUUGGGUGGCCCAAUCGCCCCAUCGCUGGAGGCCGGGAUAAAGGUCGCCAAGGUCGUGGUUCCGGCCUCAAUUGCGUUGCUUCUUGGGCUCGCAGCGACCGACCUUGACACGCCGUCCGCCGAUGGUUGCGCUCAAGGAGCCAAGGGCAAGGUCGGCGGAGUCGCGGUCGGGAAAGUCGACGAAGCAGUAGCCUGGGUUCCGCCCGCUGACGGGGUCAGAGGAUACAUGGAAGUCUAA